CCUUUAGCUCUCUGAACCGAAAAAGGUAUAACCACUAAAUAAAGCCCCAACCUUUUAGGCCUAUAUAAUCUCUACAGAGUAAGAAAGAGAGUAAGAGCGAGAGAGUCAUUAAGCAUCCAUGGAUAGUAAAUCUGAUAGCCGUAACAACUACGAUAAGAGUGAGAUUAAUGGUGAUGUAUAUGAGCCGUCGAGCUCUUUAAACGGUGGUGGCGGUGGCCAAGAUGGUGGUCUUCUAAGCUACCUGAUCAUACGGCCGGAAAAGGGUGGAAUCGGGGACUUGUAUCGGUACAUGGUGCGGGCUGACAUAGCGAGCGGGCUGAGGUUCCUGGAGGGUUCGGACGAGGGACUGGUGGGUAAGGUGGCGGCCGACCACAGAUGGGUCAUACUGGUUUCCAUCAUUGUGCGCAAGAUCAUUGCCUUCUUUGGCAAGCCCAUGCAGUGGACUGGCUAUGCCGUUGAUUUCUUUCUUAAUCUCCUCUCUCUCAACGGCAACCUCACUGGUUUACUCUACAACCUUUUACGUGGAAAAGUCGUCCUGCCACGGCGGGACACAGAAACUUUCAUAAGUACUAUAGGGCAUUUAGAUGGGCGGAUUGACCUGUACAAGGGCCAAAGCUUACUACAAGAGGAGGAGGGUGACGCUGUUUUCAGAGAGAGAAGCAUAAGGGUAGAAAUUGGGAAUCGAAAUCUCAUGGACCUUUGCAUCAUGGCCUCCAAGUUAGCCUAUGAGAAUGCCGAAGUCGUUAGAAAUAUUGUACUCCACCACUGGAAGAUGCACUUUGUAAAGUUCUACAACUGCUGGAAUGAUUUCCAAAAGGAGAUGUCGACCCAAGUGUUCAUACUCUGUGACAAGCCUAAGGACGCAAAUUUGAUAUUGAUCAGCUUCAGGGGCACAGAACCUUUUGAUCCUGAUGAUUGGAGUACCGAUUUUGACUACUCUUGGUAUGAGAUCCCUGAAUUAGGGAAAGUCCACAUGGGGUUCUUAGAGGCCUUAGGUUUGGGCAACAGGGCUGAUGUUGUCUCCUUCCAGAAACACCUUCAAGUGAAAGACACAAAGUUCUCUCCAAAUGGUGGAGAUGUUCGGAGAAAUCAUUCAGAAGGCACAGAAUCAAUAUCUUCGAACACUGAUUCUGACCUUCGCGGAUUGGAUCAGUACUCCUCUGACUCUGAGAGCCCUACUAGUGCUGGCACUAAGAAGAUUCCACCAGAUACGGUGGAGAUGACGGCAUACUAUUCUGUGAAGAGUAAGCUCUUGAGCUUACUCAAGGAACACAAGAAUGCAAAAUUCGUGGUGACAGGACAUAGCUUAGGUGGGGCUCUUGCCAUAUUAUUCCCGACAGUGCUUGUGCUGCAUGAGGAGAAGGAGAUAAUGCAAAGGUUGUUGUGUGUAUACACAUUUGGACAGCCCAGGGUUGGGAACAAGGAGCUGGGUAGGUUUAUGGAAGCCCAUCUGAAUUAUCCAGUCCCCAAGUACUUCAGGGUGGUCUACUGCAACGACCUUGUGCCAAGGUUGCCUUACGAUGACAAAACCUUCUUGUAUAAACAUUUUGGAGCGUGCCUUUACUAUGACAGCCUGUAUACUGAGAAGAACAUGGACGAGGAGCCAAACAGAAAUUACUUUGGAAUGAGAUAUGUGAUACCAGCGUAUCUGAAUGCUGUUUGGGAGUUAAUCCGAAGUUUAACGAUGGGGUACACCCACGGGCCAGACUAUAAGGAGGGCUGGUUUUCUAUAUUGCUCAGGGUAAUAGGAUUGGCACUUCCUGGAAUUUCUGCACAUUGCCCCACAGAUUAUGUCAACUCUGCAAGACUUGGAAAGGAACGUAUCAUACAGAUGUCCUCAUUCUAAGUAAAUUUUCUUCUGCAAACAAUGCUUGUCAUAGUGUAAGAAUAAACACGCAGUCAUCAAGUAAAGAGGCCAGAAUGAUGUUACUUUCUCGAGUUAGGUUUUUGCACUAAGAAUGCAUGCAGUCUCAACUAUUUCUAUUU